ACUACAACUCCCUGCGCUGUGAAUUUUCCAUCGUCCACCGGUGGGUGUUGUUGCAAUGGUGGCGUCGGGACAUUGAAUGACUUUGCCUCCAUCACAAAUAUUGCAGGUUUAAUCGUUAAAUUUGAACGGUUACCAUGGAGGCACUAAUCCCUGUUAUUAAUAAGCUUCAAGAUGUGUUCAACACCGUGGGCGCCGACAUUAUACAACUGCCGCAGAUAGCAGUAGUAGGCACCCAGAGCAGUGGAAAGAGCUCUGUGCUGGAGAGCCUUGUUGGCCGGGACCUUCUUCCUCGUGGGACUGGGAUCGUAACCAGGCGACCUCUCAUCCUGCAGCUGGUCCACGUGGAUCCUGGAGAUGCUCGGAAAGCUGAUGAUGGCAGAGGUGAAGAGUGGGGCAAGUUCUUGCACACCAAAAACCAGAUUUUCACAGAUUUUGAUGAAAUCCGACAAGAAAUUGAGAAUGAAACGGAACGCGUGUCCGGAAAUAAUAAGGGAAUCAGUGAUGAGCCCAUUCAUCUGAAGAUAUUUUCCCCUCACGUCGUCAACCUCACCCUGGUGGAUCUGCCAGGAAUCACAAAGGUGCCUGUGGGUGACCAGCCCAAGGACAUAGAGAUCCAGAUAAGAGAUCUAAUCCUGAAGCACAUCUCUAACCCAAACUGCAUCAUCCUGGCUGUUACCGCCGCAAACACAGACAUGGCAACCUCCGAAGCUCUGAAAGUAGCACGAGAGGUGGACCUUGAUGGGAGGAGGACCCUGGCGGUUGUGACUAAACUGGACUUGAUGGACGCUGGCACUGAUGCUAUGGACGUCCUGAUGGGCAGAGUCAUUCCAGUGAAACUUGGUAUUAUUGGAGUUGUGAACAGGAGCCAGCUCGAUAUCAACAAUAAGAAGUCUGUAGCUGAUUCUAUUCGAGAUGAACAUGCUUUCCUGCAGAAGAAAUAUCCCUCUUUAGCCACAAGGAAUGGAACCAAAUACCUGGCCCGGACUCUCAAUAGGUUACUGAUGCACCACAUCAGAGACUGCCUCCCGGAGCUCAAGACACGGAUCAAUGUUCUGGCGGCGCAGUACCAGUCCCUGCUCAACAGCUACGGAGAACCUGUAGAAGACCAGAGCGCCACGCUGCUACAGCUCAUCACCAAGUUUGCCACUGAAUACUGCAACACCAUCGAGGGCACUGCCAAGUACAUAGAGACUGCAGAGCUGUGCGGUGGAGCCAGAAUCUGUUACAUUUUCCACGAGACUUUUGGCAGAACACUGGAGUCAGUGGAUCCUCUGGGUGGCCUCAGUACCAUAGAUAUUCUCACCGCUAUAAGGAACGCCACUGGCCCGCGUCCAUCCCUGUUUGUGCCUGAGAUUUCCUUUGAGCUGCUGGUGAAGAAGCAGGUGAAGCGUCUGGAGGAGCCCAGUCUGAGGUGUGUGGAGCUGGUGCACGAAGAGAUGCAGAGGAUCAUCCAACACUGCAGCAACUACAGCACUCAGGAACUGCAAAGGUUCCCCAAGCUGCACGAGGCCAUUGUGGAGGUGGUGACAUCUUUGCUGAGGAAAAGACUACCUAUUACAAAUGAAAUGGUCCAUAACUUAGUAGCAAUAGAGCUCGCCUACAUCAACACAAAGCAUCCAGACUUUGCAGAUGCCUGUGGAGUUAUGAAUAAUAAUAUAGAGGAGCAGAGGAGGAACAGGAUGAGGGAGCUGCCUGCAUCUGUCCCCAGGGAUAAGGCUCCAGCUGCCGGUCCCCAGCCUGAACAGGACGGCACAGGGAACUGGAGGGGGAUGCUGAAGAAGGGAGAAGAUGCCCCGAGCUCUGGCCCUGGAAGUCCCCUCAAAGGAGCUGUCAACCUUCUCGAUGUGGUAACUAAUCCUGUGCCAGUUGCCCGGAAGCUGUCUUCACGUGAGCAGAGAGACUGUGAGGUCAUUGAACGCCUCAUCAAAUCCUAUUUCCUGAUUGUGAGAAAGAACAUUCAAGACAGCGUGCCAAAAGCUGUGAUGCACUUCCUGGUGAACCACGUGAAGGACAGUCUGCAGAGUGAGCUAGUGGGACAGCUGUACAAGUCUGGGCUCCUCAACGACCUCCUCACCGAAUCGGAAGACAUGGCGCAGAGACGCAAGGAGGCUGCAGAUAUGUUACAGGCGCUGCAGAAAGCGAGCCAGGUGAUCGCCGAGAUCAGAGAGACACAUCUGUGGUGAUCACUAUCUCCUCAUCUCUCUUCAUGCCUAAGGUCCGACGCUUCACGCUCUCACGUCCAAACUUGAAUUCUCCAAAUGCACUGAUCCUUAUUUAAACAUAUUGUUGGUAUUAUCUCGGCCCGUAGCCACCUGGAUCAAAUCUACUGUUUUUAUUUAUACUUGAGUAAUGCUUGUUGUAUUUGAGAAUGCACUGCCUAUGUUAUUGGUAAUGUUAAAGUUGCGUUGUGUAACUUUUCUGUUUGAGUGUCCGUCAAAUGCUUUUCUCCGUGGAAAACUGUUGUUGCUUUAACUGGAAUGUUUCACAGUAUGACAUUAAACCUUUCUAUCUUCCUGGAGACCAAACCAGACCAAGUUCCAGGUCAGAUCUACGGAGAGACAAUCCCGCUCACAGUCAGAACGCCUGUUUUUCUUGGUAUUUUUGAGCUAUAAAAUCACCUGUAAUUGAAUAAAUGUAAGAUGGAGCUGUUUAAUGGCGUACUGCGGAACAUUCCAGGCAAAGCAGUGAUCAUAGGCAUAGGCCCCAUCCACACUAGUACGUAUUCAAGUCGUUGAUCCAGCACUGUGUGGACGCCUGAAAACGCUGAUACGCUGACGUAGGUCUAUGCACCGCGAAGUAAUUCACCAUCAAAACGCUAAGAGGCUAGAAUAUAUGUCCAUUCAUGUAUACGGUUUAUGCUUAUGACCUGCAGAUGUAUAAUCUCUGAAAAGUUUAACAUGAACCAUCUCCAACGCGACAGAAGCACAGAACAGACUCACCAUCAGCAGAACACCCCUCUGUCACAGAAAGAACACUUAUGAUCCACUGAGUCAUGUCCUUUAGUCCGAGAGAAACUGAACCGCAUCAGCGCACAAUAGCGAGCUGUUUUUUGAGCGCUUAGUUUAUACAAUUUAGCCAUGUGGUUUUAAGUUUCGUUUCUGUAAAAUGUAAACAAAUAUGCUCAAAGCUGUGUGGAUAAGGAAGGAUUGUGGACACAGAAAUGACGUGUUUCCGAUACGGUGAUUCACUUCAGUGUAAACGUAAUCACAGAAACAAGCAGGUGAUGGACCCCCAAACGAAAAGUUACACAAUGCGUCUUUACAAGUAAGAUAUUUAAAACUAGAUGCCACAACAAGAAAAAUACAACGUAAGGAAAUAUAACGUUAUUAUUUAUACUUGAGUAAUGCUUGUUGUCUAGAAGUAUUUGAGAAUGCACUGCCUUUAUCAUUGCUAACGUGAAAAGUAAGAUAUUUAAAACUACUAGUAGAUGCCACCUGUAGCUUCUGAAGGUACAAAGAGUGCAGCCAGAGAAAUACUGUGACAGACUGCGGUUAACCAAUAUGGAAAUGUACUUUCAGAUGAAGUGGAAAUUCAAAAGUUUCACUGCUGUUUUUGGCAGCUACACAAAAGCAUUUGAUAUCGUUUUGGCUCAAGAUACAAAUAUAUUAUUCAUCUAGUCAUAAACCAUUUUCCUUUAGGUGUACAGAUCAAGUUCAGGAGAAUUGGGGACACUGUGUAAAAACGUCACUGCAAGACCAAUAAAACUGAAUUUUAUUCACUGCUUUAUGCUGCGUUGGCUGGUACGGAUGUAGAUCAACGCAGUAUUUUGGGUCAUAGAUGGGGCAUACCUUGGAUUGUGGCCAGCUAGUCGUCAAAAUACUUAGAUAUACUGUACACAUUAAGAAAACAACUCGGCAUUCAUUUACAAUUGAGAUUAUGAACAGUAGUAUUCUAUGUUUUGAAUAGUGAAAAGUACUCAAAUAACCAGGAGACCAAAACACAUGAAUAAAGUGAAGGCAAACGUCAUUGGAAAAUUAUUAAAGCACAUUUUAUUCAGUGUAGUUCAACCUAGUACUUUGGGUCAUAAAUGGGGUAUACCCUGGAUAGCGGUAGCCACUCUGGCGCCACCUAAUGUCUCCAAUGAAUUUAAUUUCUCUCCAGCGACUAGGUCAGGAAUCAGACUACACUAGACGGUUCGCAAAACCCCCAGAAGUGCGGGUCCAGGCACCGGCCAAUCAGUGAAGAGCCAUAUAUUUUGUUUUGGCAACGAUUCCCGAGAUCGAGGAUUUAAAGCCGGAACAAAGAGAAUGUUUGGUGAAUUUUAUCAAGGGGAAAGACGUUAUUGCCCUUCUUCCUACGAGAUUUGCUUAAUAUACCAGUUAGCCCCGUUAGCAGCGCAUUACAUACCUCACGACCAAAUGGCAGCGACUGGUUAAAUGAAAAAAGUACCUGCCUACCGUCAAGCGAACAAAUUCUAACUCUGCGAGGUCAGACAGUUUCUACAAAGUGAAACUGACUGAUGAAUCAGGCUAGGAUAGUGGUCAGCUACUUGUUAAAAUACAUAGAUAUACUGUAUAUAUUAAGAAACAGAAAACAACUUGUUACAAUUCAGGUUAUAAAAAGUCUCUGUUCAUGGUUUUCAGAGUGAAAAAUGUAGUAUUCUAUGUUUUGAAUGAUAAUAAGUACUCAAAAUUGCACUGAUAAACAGAAAGCCAAAAUUCAUGAAUAAAAUGGAGGCAGAUGUAAUGGCAGAACUAAAAAAAAUCAGUUAAUCUUUUUAGGGUUGGCUGGUACUGUUGUAGAUUAACCCAGUACUUUGGUUCAUAUGUGGGUUAUACCCUGAAUUGUGGACAGAUACGUAAAUAUUAAGAUACUAAAACAACAUUUAGAAGCAUUAGUUUACAGUUUAGAUUAUAAAUAGUUUACUACUCUAUCUGUGGGGUUCAGAUUCAAAACAAAUAUUCUGACUACUGAAACCAUGUGAAGAAAGACUUUUUUACACAGGGUCCCAGCUUUUUGUGAAAUUAUUUUGCAGUAGGAGUUCAGUUUGAAAGUAUUUGCAGGGAUUGUUUAUGUUGUAAUGGUUUUCAUUGCAUUUGUAGCUCAUUUGAUACUUUGUACAUAUCUUCAUAUAUAAUGUACAGCUCUGGAGAAAAAAAAUGGAGUAAUUUAAUGUUGAAUCUCCACAACCGUAGGGAAAAAGAUCUUGACAACAUUAAAAAGUUAAGUUUUAGACAUAAUAGACAUUGCGUUUAUACCAUAUCCAUAUCCAUGGAGAUGUUAUUGCUUUGCUUGGUGUGUUUUCAGGCUUUAUUUUCUUUUAAGGCAAAGCGUUAUCAUCUCCAUGGAAGCACACCGUGGACCCUGCACCACAAAAAGUUACAUAAUACACCUUUUAAUCACAUUAUUCUCCAUCCAGCUUAUAUAAUACAUAAUACUUAUUCUAUUUGGUGUUUUCUCCAGAGCUGUAUUGGGUUGCGUUGACUUUCUGUAAUAAUGUAAAGAAGCCCACUGGUCCUUACACUGUGUUGCCAUCUGAACCUUUAUUUAUUAUUCUCGUUAAAUGUGAUGUUGUGUGAAUAUUGUUACUGCACUGCUGCCUGACUAUUGGUGCAGCAGCUCAUUUAAUUCUGUUGUUUACAUAUCACGGUCAUGAAACUCGUGUCAUUUCUAGUGCACUGUGUGUUGCCAUUGAGAAUAAAUAGAGGUAUUUUAUUGCCAUUUGAGCA